AUGCAAGACUGGACUACCACUGCAGCUGGAAAGCGUGCGAGGACACUCUCGCAGAUUCCAAAGGAAUGGCUCCAUUCGAGCAUAACUCAAGACAUGGCAGAGAAGGGCGCGAAUAAUGCGUGCGAAUAUCUCGAUAGCAUACUUCCUGUGAACGAAGUGGGCAUCACCUCUCUUGAUGCCACCGCACUGGCUGAAAAAAUUAAGGCGAGACAAUUGACAAGCUUUCAAGUAUGCUAUGCUUUUUGUCACAGGGCUGCACUUGCACAUCAAUUGCUCAAUUGCUGCAUCGAGAUUUUUUUCGAUGAAGCACUUGAAAGAGCUAAACAGUUAGACGCCUACUACUCUACAACGGGCAAGCUGAAGGGCCCAUUACAUGGGGUUCCAUUCUCGCUCAAAGAUCAGGUCAAUUUGCCAGGUGUGGAGACAACAAUUGGAUACGUGUCCAGGGUAGGCCAGAAGGCUGAAAAAAUGUCACUACUAGCUGAAAUCUUGCAGGCGCAAGGGGCCGUUUUUUUCGUGAAGACCACCGUUCCAACUGCUAUGCUUGCAUCAGAGACAGUUUCGACUUUACACGGACGAACUCUGAACGCUAUCGACAUCAAUUUCUCCAGUGGAGGAAGCUCUGGCGGGGAAGGUUCUUUGAUUGCUGCAAAAGGAUCUCCUUUAGGGGUUGGUACCGAUAUCGGUGGUAGCAUUCGCAUUCCAGCAGCUUUCCAAGGCUUGUACGGACUAAGACCUUCACACGGAAGAAUUCCGUAUAUGGAUGUAACAAAUUCUUACGAGGGACAGGAAUUAAUCUCGUCAGUCAUCGGUCCCAUCAGCUCUUCUCUCAGAGACCUGGAGCUUUUCACAAAACUGAUUGUAACCAGUAACAGCUGGAAGUGUGAUCCUGACAUUGUUAAUAUUCCCUGGAGGAGUCAUGACGAGUUAAAGACACAAAAGCUGAGACUCGGAAUAAUGACCUGGGACGGAAUGGUGAUGCCACAUCCACCAGUUUUACGCGCUCUUGAAGAGACUCGUAAAGCAUUGGCACACGGCGGCCACGAGCUAAUCGAAUGGUCUUUUCCAUAUAGUGCGGAGCUUGUCGACGUGGCCGAACAAGUCUAUGGCGCGGACUUCUACAAUGAAGUCGAAGAAAUUCUGAACGAAACCCAGGAGCCUGUAUCUGACUACAUGCAGAUUGCCCGGAACAACAUCUUGACGAAAGGCGGAUUGGGAAAACCGUUGUCCGUGCAUCAAUGGUGGGAGGUAGCUCUAAAAAUCCGCCGGUUAAAGCAGCAAUAUUUAGAAUGCUGGAGGAACACGGCAAACCGGACAUCAGACAGUAGGCCCAUCGAUGCGAUCAUCUGUCCCGUGUGGCCUUCUGCAGGGUUUUUGGACAAGGAGGUAGAAUAUGGAUGUGAAAACUACACGGUCCCUUUCAACGUUCUAGACUAUUCUUGUAUUGUGCUACCGGUGACAAAGGUGGACGAAAAAAAGGACGUGCCGAAUGAAGCUCACGUAGCCACGAACGCGGAAGACAAGAAGAUGCGAUCAUACUAUGAACCCAAAAAGUUUUCGAAAAUGCCCGUAUGUCUUCAAGUGGUGUGUCCGCGUUUGGAGGAAGAAAAAGCAUUGGCCAUUGCGUCCGUGGUAGAAAGCUGUCACUCUAAGAUGUUUGACGUGCCAGUAUGA